GAUCACUCAAAUUUACGGGGCCAUUGCCUACCAUUCACCCACAAGUACCAGAAUUUACUUCUCUCCCCCUAUCCUCCAAGUACAUCCAAUUUCAUCAAGCUAAUCCACUACAAGCUUGCUCAUCUGGAAGGCUCCUCACCAUGGGGCCCAAGGCAGCUGCCAAAAACAAAAAGAGGCGAGAUAAGAAGCGAGAAAGAAACGCCAGAGAGGCGGAAGAGGAAGGCCAAUCGAGCUUUCUCGCUCAAAGCUCUAGUCUACAGGAAAUCGCCGCCCCCGCUGGCCAACAGGAGCUUUCUAUCGAAUCAAAUGGGGCUGGAUCUGCCAACAAUCUUCCCCCAGCCCUUCCAGACCAAGCGCCACGACAUCAAUUGCCUCAAAACUUUACCUCAUCGUCCCAGUAUUCAGGGGUAGCUCAGAGCCCAGCCAUGCCACCUCCGACACCAAGUAACAAUCCUACACCCUUUGUCCCUGGAACUUCCCAGAACCCACAAAGCUAUAAAGCUCAUCCUGACGAUACUGGCGAAAAUCUUAGGCAGGCUCUUGCAAAGUUGCAAAUAGGUCUCAAUCAUGCCAAUGUUGGGGCAACACAUAAACUAUGUGCGAAUUAUUUCCCAAUCAAAGUCAACAUCGGCAUCAUAUUCCAGUACCCGUUGACAAUAGUCAGAAUGAGUGACAAUGAAAGGGGCAUCAACAGAAAUCAGAAGAAACGAGUCGUACAUAUACUCAUGCAGAAGCUCAACGAGGCUAACGAUCAGACUGCAAUAGCCACCAACUAUCACGACCAAAUCCUUUCUGAUAGCGGCAAUCUCAAAGCCGAGAAUUUCGAGAUACCUGGGGAAGUAAUCAUCGGUUACUAUGAUGAAUACCAAAAUCAUCCACCUCCGAACCCAAGUCAAUUUCAGAUCACGAUUUCCCAGCCCAAGGCUCUCCGUUAUGAUUCGCUUUUCCGAGAUCUAAGCUUGAAGUCAGAUGUGCACACGGACUACCCCGAUAAAGAGGAUGCAAUCAACGCACUGAACAUCAUUUUCAGUUAUGGGCCAUAUCAAGCUUCAUUUGCGGAUAACCCAACCACAACCCCGAGCACGAAUGUUCCGACACUUACAACAGUCGGAGGCCAUCGAUUCUACGGAGUUGUCCAACCGCAGCACUCCGGCCAGACGGCGACAGGGCCCACUCUCAAUCACUACCGCCCGACUCUGGACCGACACAGUAUCCUCGGUUUCUCCAGAAGUGUUCGCUCGCACAAGGGCGAAAAGGGAUCACUAAAUCUCAAUGUCAACACGGCAACGGCUAUUUUUUACCGUGAAGGAACAGUUUCACAACUGAUACAACGUUGGCGAGAUAACACGCACGAUCACAGCGACCAAGCCCUUGCGGGCUAUCUUUCCGGCGUUACUGUUAGAACCAUGUACCAUUCGAAUGACCAGAACUAUCUUACCACCAUUUGCGGAGUUCCAAGAAGGCCACCAGGUCUACCAGCGAAUCAGGAAGUCCAAGAUGGCAAUACACCAAUGCGUGCGCCAGGUUACAACGGGGACCAGCUCGUUCGAGCAUACUUCUCCUCCAUGUACAACAUACACAGUUCUUGUGCUGUCAGAGUUGUCAUGAUAGGCAACCCUAGGGACCCGUCUCUUGCCCCAGCAAAUCAACUGUGGGUUUUGCCCGGCCAAAUGUACAGAGAUCCUUUGGAGAAACCGUUCGGUGCAAUCCGACCGUCUCUGAAUAAUAGACAGAAGAUAUUAGAUCUUGGUCCUAGGCUUUUUUACGAAGCGGGCAGCAAAGGAGCGGCCGAGUUCCAGCUCGAACUGUCCAAAGAAAUGUUGCAAGUGCCCGUCGACAGAUUGGAAACUCCGCUAAUCGAGUAUUUGUUGAGAAAAGCCAACGGACGGAACAACCCCAAGGGGCUUGACAAGGGCAAAUGGAAUCUUCGAGAUUGCGAAUUUUCUAAGACACCCACUCAACCAAUCAUGUGGACAUGUUUUUCAUUGACUCAGUUUCCAGUUCCAGGCCUAGAUGGUAAAGUGAAAGCUUUUCAAGGCAAAUUUGACGAAGCCUUGAAGAUCUACGGUGUAAGGCUCACCCACCGCAAUUUGACUACAGGUAUGACGAGCAUGAGCCCCUGGUGUUACCAAUAUACGGGCCGCCUUCAAGACUACUACAGUGGUCUUGAGGAGUUGUUCGCAAAGAUCUCUGCUGGUGGUUCACGGAUGGUAGUUCUACUGCUACCGAAAAAAGACCCUGAGCUUUACGGCGCCAUUAAAAGAAUCUGUGACACCUCUGUGGGCGUCGUCAGUAUCUGCCACGUCAUGGAGAAGGUGGACGGUUCCUUUGAACCAAAAAGCGAUGUCACCUUCUUUGGGAAUUUGUGCAUGAAAGCGAAUCUGAAGCUCACGUCUUCGAGUGUUUUGACAGUGAAUCAACGAUUGACACACACGCCACCUAUUCUUUCGGACGUUUGUAUGAUCAUGGGAAUCGAUGUGACACAUCCUGGUCCAUGGUCAUACCAUCGCGCUCCAAGUGUUGCAGCAGUGGUAGGGAGCACGGACGGUGCUUUUGCUCAAUGGCCAGCAUCUUUACGAGCCAAUUAUCCUCGGACCGCGAAUGACAAGAAGAAAAAAGAGGCGAUGGAGGAAGUUGUUCCCUUGAAGACAAUGGUUCUUGAACGCCUCAACGAUUUCAAGCGGAGACUUCCUAAUCACCCACUAAAGAGGCUGAUAGUCUACCGAGAUGGACUAUCUGAGAGUCAGUUUCGUAUGUGUCAGGAGCGCGAACUUGCAUCCAUCAAUGCUGCUCUUGAUGAGUUCACACAAGACAAUCAGGAUGUCAAGCCAAAGGUACUUCUGAUCUGUACAGUUAAGCGACACCAAACUCGUUUGUUCCCGAUUCCUGGACAACAGACAAAUCCAAUUUUGACCAAAAACCAUGACGAAGGAGCCCCAAACAACCCACGUCCCGGUACCUGGGUGAGCGAUCGAAUCACCUAUGGAGAAGGAAACGACUUUUUCUUGUACAGCCAUCAGGCGAUUCAAGGAACAGCCAGACCCACUCACUACGUUAUCCUGCACAACGAAGAAAAGCAUGGCCUUAGGACGAUUGCUCAAAUGACGCAUCAAUUGUGUUAUUUGUUUGGCCGAGCAACGCGUUCAGUCAGUGUCUGUCCAGCUGCCUACUAUGCAGACCUUGCGUGUGACCGCGCCCGGCACUAUGUUCGACGAUUCUACCAUGCUCCGAACGCACAUGGUCCAAGGGAAACUUUCGAUACUGAGAGAGAUGGUCCUGAGUUUGACCGACUCCUUAGACCUCACGAUAACAUCAAAGGAACCAUGUUCUACAUCUGAACUUGGGCCUUUUUACUGGCUAGCUAUUGUCAAGAGACUUGCUUUUGGGAAUUUUGGCUACGGUGAAGCAGAAAAAAAGCGAGAAAGCCAGUAAAUUGUUCACGGCGUGAUAAUGCUGACCUCAAAGUGACCAGCAACACUUUCUGAGACGAUACGAGAAGGUCUUAAAUGGAGAUGAGAAGUCCAAGACGUCGAAUCACUAGAAUAAUUCGAAAUGCCGAUUGGGGCAACCAAAAAAAAGGAAAAAUGGAGGCGGAAGCAGGUCGAAUUCUGUUGUUUAUCACGAGUCCACGCAUUGUCCUGAGCUACUAUUUCACAUGCUAGCAAUCGUUUCUUAGUCCCAAUUUCAUACCGUCAAAAAAGAUUCCGUAUGUCUAUUCGAUCAAUAUCUGGAA